AUGUGGUCUUUAGUCUCCUCGGACAAGAAUGAACAGCUGAUCAGAUCUACUCAGACGCUCCAUCACUAUGUGAACAGAUACUUCACAAUCACCAACAGACUGUUGAUCAUAAUCAAUACUCACUUUGGAGAAAGCUACUCCAGUGUCUCUGCAGAUGAGAGCAAAAGUAUUAAGGACAACUGUGCCAUAGUUAGAGAAGCUAUGAGCAUGAUUCUUGAAGUUUCUAGAAGAAAGGAAAAGCAAAUCCGUAAGAUCAUUGAACCUGAUAUUUAUGAUAAGAUUGCCUUCACUGGCGUGUCACUGAAAGACAAGGCUGCAGUGAUAAGGGACUUUCAUGCGGACAAAUUGGGAGUCUUUGGGAAUAUCUGUCUUCCACUAGUCGCUAUUCAGCUGGCGAAAAGUGAGUUAGAGAACGUGAAGCCUCCAACCGAGGAGCACGAUCUGCCGAUUCUGUCCUUAAAACUGGGAGAUCUCGUGAAGAGCAGCAAAAGCAUCGCUAAGCUUCUGUGUGAACAACGCCAGCAAACAGACCUCAGUGAAGCCACACAGUUAGUGGAAGACGGCAUCUCUAUUCUGAAGCCACCCUGCGAUGCCUACAGUCACAUUGCUGGAGAAGUCCAAGCUUGUGUCAAAAUCAUAUCUGAAAAUAUCUAG